CUGCUGCCUUGCACUCAUCACAAACAAGAACCAACUCGAUCUCAGCAUCAACCCACAUCAAACAUUCCACACAACAUAUAAUUCGUGUCUCUCUGCUUCAUCACACAUUCUAUCGAUCUCAAUGGCGUCUCAGGCCAUCGAGAGCCACCGUGCCGGCGCGGAGAUUGUCACCGGAGACGGCGUCUGCAGGAAGAAGUCCAUUGAGCUGCUGGAAGAGCUGGGCCUCCCCAAGGGCCUCCUGCCAUUGGAGGACAUCGAGGAGUUCGGCUACAACAAGGAAACAGGAUUCAUGUGGCUGGUGCAGAGGAAGAAGAAGAUCGAGCACACCUUCAAGAAGAUCAAGCAGACCGUGUCCUACGCCGGCGAGGUCACGGCGUUCGUCGAGAAGGGGAAGCUGAAGAAGAUCGCCGGCGUGAAGACCAAGGAGCUGCUGCUCUGGCUCAGCGUUGUCGAGGUCUAUGUCGCCGAGGCCUCGCCGGAGAAGGUCACCUUCAAGACGGGAACCGGGCUGUCUGAUACCUUCGACGCCACUGCAUUUGCUCUUGGGGAGUAGAAGUUGACACGUAAGAUUGGGGGUCUAUGACUGAAUUCUGGUUAAGUUGCCUUAGUUAUUUGUUCAUGAAAGUCGAGACAUGCAAGCUUUAUUUUCGCUUUUAUAUGAAAAGAAAUUUUAUGGUUAUUGAGGAAGUAUCUCGAGAUACUUAAAUUUUAGAGUAAAGUGUAUGGGCGGUCUUUAAACUUGUAGGGGUGUGUCAUCUGGGUUUUUAAACUCUCAAAAUACAUAUCCAAAUACCAGAACUUAUCGUA